AUGGCGGGGCUCAUCUCACCCAGACCUGUGUCGUAUUUGCAGCACAACCUACAGUAUAACCCCUACUCUCGCAGUGCUGGCGCAGGCUACGCAGAAACGCCGUCUAAUCAGCUUGUUAUGCUCUCUCAUCCCGCUCACCAAUCCGCCAUCUCCUUCACCGGCGGUCCCUCCCCAGCCACCGGCAUUCGAGCCCAUGAAGACAGCAAAAUUUACCCUCUGGUCAUUGACUUGCUGGACUCGAACACCCGCGAGGCCGCGCUGUUGGAACUGAGCAAGAAGAGGGAGCAGUACGAACACCUCGCGCUCAUCCUAUGGCAUUCCUUUGGCGUCAUGCCCGCGCUUCUUCAAGAAAUUGUUUCCGUCUACCCAUUACUAUCGCCUCCUAAUCUCACUGCCCAUGUAUCGAACCGGGUGUGCAAUGCCCUAGCCCUCCUACAAUGUGUAGCUUCGCACCCCGACACCCGUCAAUUGUUCCUCAAUGCCCAUAUCCCCUUAUUUUUAUAUCCUUUCCUGAAUACUACUUCCAAGACGCGACCUUUUGAAUACUUGCGCCUCACUUCCCUCGGCGUGAUUGGCGCCCUUGUGAAGCAAAACGACAACAACACCGUCAUCCACUUCCUUCUGUCCACGGAGAUCAUCCCUCUCUGCCUCCGCAUCAUGGAGACCGGCUCCGAGCUAUCCAAAACUGUCGCCAUCUUCAUCGUGCAAAAGAUUCUGCUUGAUGAAACUGGGCUCACGUACAUAUGCCACACCUACGAGCGGUUCUACGCCGUUGGUGCGGUCCUCAGCAAUAUGGUCAAUCAACUCGUAGAAACACAGGCUGUUCGUCUCCUCAAACAUGUCGUUCGAUGUUACUUGCGCUUAAGCGAUAAUCUGAGGGCAAGAGAGGCUCUCAGAGCCUGCCUCCCUGAGCCAUUGCGCGAUAAUACUUUUGCUGCACUUCUCAAGGGUGAUAUGGUCACAAAACGAUGCUUAACUACUCUCCUGAAUAAUCUCAACGAGCAAUAA